GUUGUUAUUUUGUGCCCUGUUUGUGUUUUGAGUCUGUGGACUCUUCUUUGGCUAACGUGUGUUGUGAAUAGUGUAAAGUGAUUAUGGAAAGACAACUGGGAUGCAGAGACCUCUGUUACUCCUGUUGACAGCUCUGAAUGUGAGGACCUGCUUUGGAAUGGGUGGCCUUCCAGUUUCUUUUGACCCUCUGCUCAAGAAGGAGGAAGAAAAUCCUGAAGAACUUGUGAAUCCCUACAACUUCAGCCCCUGAGAUAUGAAGGGAGCCACAGGUUGACGCGAUUGGAAAGAACAGGUGUGUAAACUCCCGUACACUAUGUGCACGUACAGUCCUUUGAUCAGUGACCUUCAAGUGCCUUAUAAAAGUGCACAGAUCACACCUCCAGAACAGUAAACUACACUCUUCAUCAGGCAUCGCUAAAAUGAGGGCAUUUGCUGCCCUGCUGUUCCUGCUCCCUGUUGCCGUCCACUCUCAGCUUUCACUGCCGCUGGACUGUGCAGACAUCCGUAACCAUGACAACAGACAGCUUAGCGGGGUGUACACCAUCUUCCCCAUCGGGUCCACAUCAGCUGUUCGGGUGUACUGUGACAUGGACACAGACAGAGGGGGUUGGACUAUUUUUCAGAGGAGAAUGGAUGGCAGUGUGAAUUUCUACAGAGGCUGGGAUCAGUAUAAGGCAGGAUUUGGGUUUGCAGAUGGAGAAUAUUGGCUGGGGCUGGAGAGCCUCUUCCACCUGACGCUGAGGAAGAAAUAUGAGCUGAGGGUGGAUAUGGAGGACUGGGAAGGAGGGAGAGUGUUUGCUCUCUACUCCUCCUUCUCUGUGGAUCCAGAGAGCUUUGGCUACUCUUUGUUUGUGAGCGGCUUCAAUGAUGGAGGAGCAGGUGACUCUCUGAGUGGACACGGUGGACAGAAGUUCUCCACUUUUGAUAAAGAUCAGGAUUCUUCUACGCGUAACUGUGCAAAAAUCUAUCGUGGGGCAUUUUGGUACGGCAAUUGCCACAGUGCAAAUCCCAAUGGUUUGUACCUGUGGGGAAGCGAUGAGACUCAUUAUGCUACUGGAGUUGAGUGGUACUACUGGAAGGGUAAUAAUUACUCUCUCAAGACCAUCAGCAUGAAGAUCAGACCUGUGUCCUCACACAUUUAACCACAAAUGUUCUCAUAAACAGUUAAAGGAAUAGUUUGAUGAAAAAGUCUAAUUUACACGAUUUUCCACUUAUUUUGUCCACGUUUUGCUUCUUUAGUUUACAUCCUUAGCUGCUAGGCUUAUGUUGCUAAGCAGAAUUUGCUUCAAAUUAUGUUAAGUAAAUUUGUUUAGCUAAACAGAAUCCGGUAAAAUUGCAUUCACAGGCCUUAUUUACACAUUCAAGCUACAAUUGGAACUACAUUAUCAUCCGCAUUACGUUCCAGUUUUCCAGUCCUACCUUCAAACUCUGGGAAGCUGGAGAGUAGGGCUAGCCAACCAGUCUGCAGAUGCAGUGUUAGAUGCAUUUCUUUUUGUGAAUUUACAUUCUAUUUGGGUAAAUUUACAAUAGUUAUUAAAAUAUAUAAAAUGUAUGGUUUAUUCACAUGCAUGUAACCUUUUUUGUCAAAUCUUUUCAUUGCUAUUGACACAAAUUUAACAGUAAUUUGACCAUAAGAAAAGGAAUUAGACUUUAGACUGACUUUCUUCUUUGAAAAGAUUUUUAAAAAUGUGACUGAAAGCUAAAUUUAAGAAAUAUGUUUUCAAAUGUUUCUUAAAAGUGAGCUUAACUGUCCGGUGAAAGGUGGUAUUGAAAUCCACGGUUCUGAAGUAGAAUAACAGAAAGAUGUCUUGAGCUGAGCCGGGUGCCUGGGGUCGUUAUGUGGCUGUAGAAUGAAUUUCUUCUCAAACAUUUUCCAAGUGGUUCUGCACGACUGUACUUCCUAAUGUCAAAACAUACACCAAUUCUGGGUGUUGUUAUAUAUCCCUAAACCUGCGGUUACUUACAGAUCUACAGAUCUCAAAUUUAGACUCCACAGUCCCUAAAACCUUCCUCCUCAUCUCAGAUGUCCAGUUUUGGUGUCUUCCAAGUGGUUGCUAGGAGCCACAUUUCCUCUUCAGCUUUUUGAGCUCCAGUUUUUCAUUUAUUUUUCUUUGGCCUUUUCCUUCCUCAUGCAAGUAGAUGAUCUUACAUGUAAUAGAAAUGUCUUCUGAAUAAUGAAUAACUUGUACAUAACUACGUAAUGGCCAUUUUCAGGGAAAUAAAAAGAAAUAAUGAGUGGUCUCUGACUUAUGCACA